AUGGACUCAAGGAAUUAUUCCUCAUUCACUGAUCUUGUACGGGGGAAUAUUAAUCUUGAGGAUGAAAUUUUCGAUGUAUCUGAAAGUAGUCCCCUGUUAGUCGAAGAUUCUCCACUAAAUGAUGAAGUUGCCACUUCUAAGAAAAAACAAGCACGUGGUGUCAACUUCAGUGCUAAGGAAGACAAGCUGCUUGUAGCAGCAUGGUUCAAUACCAGUGUCGAUCCUAUGUAUGGUAAUGAGCAACAUAAAACAACAUUUUAUGGCAAAGUUGUGAAAUACUUUAUGGACCACAAGACUGAUUCUACACGUAGUGUUGCAUCCCUAACAACCCGAUGGGGAACAAUUAAUAGGGAAACAGUUAAAUUUAUUGGGUCCUUAGCUAAAAUUGAAGCAAAGAAUGAAAGUGGAACCACGGCUCAUGACAAGAUUGAGAAAGCAAAGGAAUUCUUUAAAGAAAUUCACGGUUUCGUUUUUCAAUUGGAACAUUGUUGGCUAAUCUUGAAGGAUUAUCCAAAGAGGGCAUCUACUAUGCCUAGGGGAGAUUCAAGAAAAGAAAUGCCUCAAACUCCAUAUUUAAUAGAUCAAGGAGGGGGGGUUGAUGGCAUUAUGGAUUUCGAGAGGCCAAUAGGUAGAAAAGCUGAAAAGGCUAAUCGAAAGAGAAAAGAUGAUGGGAAAGAUAUUGCAACGGAAUAUUUGAAAAAGAAAAUGAAAGUUCUUGAAGAAGGUUGUGUAGCCAAAAAAGAGAGAGUACAUAUCAAAGCGGAAGAGGUUCGCUUCCAAGAGUUGAAAGAGAAUGAAAGAAUUAUGAUGCUAGACACAAGUGGCAUGAACGAAGACCAAAAAGCUUUUUAUGAUGGACUUAAAAAGGAAAUCCUUGCAAAACAAAGAUCAAGCCAUUCGUUGGGUUGA